AUGUCUAAUGUUGGUGGCUCCUCAUUACGAACAUGGAGGUUCUCCCCGCUCCAUCCUGAGGCAGGUAUAAAUGGUCAGAAGUCGACUUUGCAGGGCAUUCAAAAAUGGGAGGUUUUAGUUGAUAUCAAUCAUCCGUAUACCGGGCCUGAGACCCCAUUUAGUCUGACCAACAUUAGUCUACCGCAGAAUUACAUGUUCCAAGAAAUGCGCUCCUGGUUAGGAAUUGAUAAAUCAGUUGAUAUCAUCGGGCACAUCCGAAGCUUGCCAACAUUAAAGGACCGCACUGCUGCCAUCACGAAAGUUAGGGAGAUCGAGCGGGAAGCUAUGGUCAAGCAAGUGCCUCAGCCGGGUCUUGUAGAACUGAUGGAUUAUCUCCAUUCAAAAGGGUUGAAACGGGCGUUAUGCACACGGAAUUUCGUAACACCCGUAGAACAUUUUCUCAGAACUCACCUCCCAACCCAUCAGUUUUGCCCUAUCAUUACUCGUGAUACCCCGGACUUGCUUCCCAAGCCAGAUCCAGCGGGUAUUUUACAUAUAGCAAAGGAAUGGGGAGCCAACGCUGAGGAUUUAAUCAUGGUCGGAGACAGCCUCGACGACAUGACUGCGGGCCACUUGGCAGGCGCCGCCACUGUCCUGCUUCUCAAUGACCAAAACCAAUCCCUGAGAGACCAUGACCAUUCCAAUUUCUGUAUCCGGCGCCUAGACGAGCUGAUCUCAAUCUUGGAGAAUGGGGUUGCGGAUCUCAAGGAAAAUUAG